CCAGUAUUCAUGACUAGUGGAGACUUCACAAUAGGAGGAAUUUUUCCUUUGCAUUAUAGAGUAGAGCUUCCUCCAACAGACUACAAAAAGAGACCUUUAGCAGCACAGUGUCAAGGGUUUGAUCCAAGAGCUUUCCGCUGGGCUCUCACCAUGAAACUUGCUGUGGAAGAAAUAAACAACAGAACAGAUCUCUUACCAAACUAUACUCUGGCUUAUAGUAUCUUUGACUCUUGUGCCACUCCUGUGACUGCUCAGAAAGCAGUCCUGUCAGUGCUGAAUGGACAGGAUGUUGUUCAAAGUUUUAUAUGUUCUGGAGCUAGCACUUUAUUAGGAUUAAUAGGGGAAUCUGGAUCCUCACAAUCAAUCGUUGUCUCCAGAACUCUGGAGCCUUUCAGGAUACCAAUGAUAAGUUACUUCUCAACCUGCUCUUGUUUAAGUGAUCGGAAGCAGUUUCCAACAUUUUUCAGAGUGGUUCCCAAUGAUGAUUACCAGGUCAAAGCUAUUGCACAACUCUUAAAGCGGUUUGACUGGACAUGGGUGGGUGUGGUGACUGAAGACCAUGACUAUGGCAGGUUUGCUUUACAAGGCUUAAAGCGAGAAAUUGAGAAUACUAACAUUUGUCUGGCCUAUCAUGAAAUGAUCCCCAAAGACUAUACCCAGAAACAGGUCCUAAAGAUUCUUAAAGUAAUGAAGGAAUCAACAGCUAAGGUGGUGGUUGUUUUUUCAGGAGAGGGGGAAUUUUACCCUUUCUUAAGGGAGUUUAUGACCCAAAAUAUCACAGGAAUUCAAUGGAUUGCAAGUGAGGCUUGGGUUACAGCUUCAAUAUUAGCUGAAACAUAUCCAUUCUUAGAUGGCACAGUUGGGUUUGCAAUACGUCAAGGACACAUCCCAGGUCUUCAGAAUUACCUCAAAACGUUGACCCCAGAAAGUCAUUUGCCCUCCUGCACCGGAAAAGAACCUCUCAGACAAGAACACUCUGCCUUCAUAAACACAUCCAGCCCUCGUGUGUCCUACAAUGUAUAUAAAGCAGUGUAUGCCUUUGCUCAUUCUCUACAUAAUCUUAUUCACUGUAAACCUGGAAAUGGACCGUUUGAGAAUUUCUCAUGUGUAAACCUCAACAAUGUGUUUCCAUGGCAGCUCCAGCAUUAUUUACAGGAAAUCUCUUUCUCUGUUUCUGGAGAAAAUGUCAAUUUUGAUGUUAAGGGAGAUUCAAUCCCAUCAUAUGAUUUAAUUAACUGGCAAAGACAUGCAAGUGGAGAUAUUCAGUUUGUUAAAGUGGGCCUCUAUGAAGGUGCUCAGCAAACUGGGAGAGAACUGUUGAUUGUGGAGCAGGCCAUCAUGUGUGUGUCUGUAUGCAGUAACAGCUGCACUCCAGGAUUCAGAAAGGCUGUCCGUCGUGGGCAACCUUUGUGCUGCUUUGAUUGUGUUCCAUGUGAUAUUGGCAAGAUCAGUAAUCAAACAGUAGAUUGUCUGCCAUGCCCUGAAGAUUAUUGGUCUAAUGUGAAUGGAACAAUAUGUGUCCCGAAGGUGGUUGAGUUUCUCUCCCAUGAUGCAAUGGGAAUCACCCUGACUCUGAUAGCUGUAAUGGGAGCAUUUCUAACUGUCACAGUGCUGGUGAUAUUUCUUUACCACAAAGGGACGCCAAUAGUCCGUGUGAAUAACUCAGAACUCAGUUUUUUUAUCUUGUUAUCACUGACUCUGUGUUUUCUAUGUGCUUUGGUGUUUAUUGGGGAACCUACAUCCUGGUCCUGCAUGCUGCGACACACCGCCUUCAGCAUUACUUUCUCUCUUUGCAUCUCCUGCAUCCUUGGCAAGACUUUAGUGGUGUUGGCAGCUUUUACAGCUACCCGACCUGGAAACAAUAUAAUGAAAUGGUUGGGCCCCACACAGCAGAGAAUAAUCAUCUUCUGCUGCACUCUGGUUCAGGUGAUCAUAUGUACUGCUUGGCUUACAAUAUCGCCUCCUUUCCCCUAUAGAAACACUAAAUAUCAACAGUCCAAGAUCAUCCUGGAUUGCAGUGUGGGGUCUGAUCUGGCCUUCUGGUGUGUGCUGGGAUAUAUUGGCCUUUUAGCCUGUGUCUGUUUUUUUCUGGCUUUUCUGGCCCGGAAGUUGCCAGGCAAUUUUAAUGAAGCCAAAUACAUUACCUUCAGCAUGCUUAUAUUUUGUGCAGUGUGGCUAGCAUUUGUUCCUGCAUAUGUCAGUUCACCUGGUAAAUUUACAACCGCUGUUGAGAUUUUUGCUAUUUUAGCUUCUAGUUUUGGUCUGCUCUUCUGCUUGUUCACCCCCAAAUGUUACAUUAUUUUAUUAAAGCCUGAGAAGAACACAAAGCAACAUUUAAUGGGAAAAUUUACAAAAUGA